AAAAACCUGUACGCAUAAAAUUACGAAUAAGAUCAGAAAGCUUCUUGAAAAAUAUUGAAUUAAAAUGAUAAACGAUGCAGAGUUUGAAAAUGAAUUAAGCAGCGAUGAUUCUGAUUAUCGCCCAGACAGAGAAGUUGAUACUCCAAGUGAAAAUUCGGAACCUGAUGGUGAUGAUUUAGAAGAAGUUGAGGAAAAUUCAAAGACUAAAUCUAAAAAGAAAUUAAAGAAACCUUCAAUAGCACGUAAAAGUAAAUUAUCAACAGAAACAGAAAAAACCGAAAAUGAGGAGCUCAAAAAGGAAGUAGACAUCGAAGAAGAAAAACGUAUUGCUGAUGCUUUAUGGGCUGAUUUUUUAGGAGACACAGGAUCAAAAACUGAUACAAAAGAAAGUGGUGAAAAAGAAAAAAAAAUGGCAAGUUCCUCUUCACUACAUGUUAAACCAGCCAUUCCAAAUAAGAAACCAACGCCUCCAAUAGAAUCAAAUAAAAUCUUUGAGUUUGCAGGCGAGAUAGUUGAAAUUAAAUCAAAGAACAAUGAAAGCGAUAAAGAAAUAUCUCCGUCAACAACAAAAACUUUAACACCUGGAAAUAAACGACCAGCUGGUGGACUUGGUUCUGUUUUAAGUCAACUAACUAAGAAGAACAAACUAAAUAUGCUUGAGAAAACCAAACUUGAUUGGGAUGUUUUUAAACAGAAUGAAGGUAUCAAUGAAGAACUUCAAUCACAUAACAGAGGACGAGAUGGGCUAGUAAAUCAUCUCAUGAUGGUUUACACGUCCAAUUUUAGCGACUGGAAAAAAUAUGCGAAAUUUGAUCGUUAUCGGUACACGAGGAACUUGGUAGAUGCUGGAAAUGAUCGUUUUAAUUUAAUGAUUUUGUGUUGGAAUGAAGGGCAAUCGUCGGCUAUUCAUGAUCAUGCUGAUAGUCAUUGUUUCAUGAAGAUUCUAAAGGGAGGUUUGACAGAAGUAAAAUAUAGUUGGCCUCAAGAAACUUCUGAAACAACAAUUUUAAACGACUUUAAAUCAAACUGUGGAGAAAUUGGCGCUUAUCAAGAUGAAAACGGUGAAUAUGUGCAGGAGUUACAGGAAAUUGGCCGCAGUACAAUGAACACUAAUGAUGUUUGUUAUAUAAACGACAACAUUGGCCUCCAUCGAGUUGAAAAUUCAAGCAACACAGACGUUGCGGUAUCACUUCAUCUUUAUUGUCCGCCUUUUGACAGCUGCAAUGUUUUCAAUAAGGCUGGCAAAAAAACACCAGCAAAGGUGACAUUCUGGAGUAAAUUUGGAAAACGCGCAAAGGAAAUUGAAGAAAAAUAGGAAUCUACAAAGCACAGAACUUCAACAUAUUUCAACAGUCUUUGCUUCUUUAAGUAUCUAUUAUUGAUGACUAAGUGAAAGCUACAUCUAAACUUUAAUCCUAAGCUACCUUUUUUCAUUUUAUAUUCAAAAAAGCUUAAUGAACUAUUUUUUGGCAUGCUUUAACAUUAUUUACAUCAAUAAAUAUUAAAAGAUAUUCACAUAAAAUAAAAAUGAAUGAUUUGAAGAAUAUUUGUGAGAGUUAAGAUUAUUGAAAGGUUUAAUAAAAGAUUAUGGAAAUGUAAGUUUGUUGAGUUGUUUGCUAACAACUCGAGGUAAAUAUGAUAAGGACAAGCUUUGUCAACUUCCUUCUCUUUUCUCACAUAUUUGGGAUAUUUGAUGAUCUCUGUAGGAGCACGAAUGCUAUCAUUGGCAAUUCGACAAAACAACAUGUAACGACCUGUUGUCAUCAAAUGUUCUAAUUGACUUGCAUAAGAUGCAUCUUCCCACGGAAGUUGAUAAAGAUGACGCAUAAACGUUCGGUCGUGGAAUUCUACUGGAUCAUUAAUCACGAGCUUAU